AAUUCUGCUCUUCUUCUUCCCGCUGCAGCCACCCGAAGAAAAAAAAAAGGGAAACCCAGCCAUGCCUUGGAAAAUUGGUAAGGAAGCUUGGUAUUUUCCCCUUCCUUUCUUGUUCUAGAACACACCUAGAACCCAGAAAUCUUCCCCCCCUACUGGAAAAGCCGGAUCUGCCCUGCUCUACUUUGUCCUUCCGCUGGUUGCUCUUGAUUAUGGGUGAUUUCUGGGCAUUUUUUCGAUUGCGUGAUUCUUCCCUGCAAUGCCGUCGGCUUUCCCCCUCUACUAGGUUCGGUUUUUGCUUGCAAUUUCUGGUUCCUGAUCGUUCUGUCAGUUAGUACGUGAAUUGAGUGCUCGGUUUUAUGCAAGUGAGGUAAGUAGAUUAUGGUAAUGCCCUUCGAUUUUAAAAGCAUGUUUCGAUUUGUUUUUGAAGUGGUGGCGGGACUAAACCCGUUUUACACAAGUAUGACUGAUUUGAAGUGAAAUGUUUUGUGCUUUUCAUUAAAUUUAGCAUGCCUACUUGAAAUUUGAUUGAUUGUCCUGAUGAUCUGAAAGUGAUUAGCGAAUUAUGAUUUUUCUGUUAACUUCUGCCUGUUUUGUCUCCGAUAUGGUCAUGUUAUUCGUGUGCCCGCUAGUGGGAGGUUUAUAAACGCUAGCACAUGUCGACAUGUUAUUGAUAGAACCCGUUCGUUCGAGUGACCCUGCUAGUGGGGGUUAUACACCAGCAAAUCGUGUGCCCGCCAGUUAGAGGUUUAUAAACGCUGGCCAUGACCUAUAGAGGAGACGUCUAUUUCGUUCCCGUACUGUAUUCGUUUUGCGUGAUUGCACAUGUGGCAUGCUAUAAGUUUAAAUAAGGGGCACUCCAUAUUUACUUACUGAGUUUAUCUCAUAGUUUUCCUUGUCCACCAUUUCAGGAAAUGAAACCGAGGACGGGGAAACCACGGGAAGUGACGAGUUAGAAAGCUAGCCAUUUCGAGAUUGAUAUAAAUUUUAGAAAUAAAUCAUGAUCUUGUAUUUGGAGAUUUUAUGAUAUCAGAGAGAUUUUAUAAUUUGAUCUUCAGAUUUUGAUGGUAUCAGAGUGUGAAUGUGAUAAGUUCCGAGCCUUGUGCAUUUGUGGGACCCGUCUCACGAGUGCAUGGCGUCUGUCG